AUGACCGACGAAGAGAAAACGAAAGAGAUUAGCAAAGAGAUCGAAGCUACGGGUACGGAAGAGGACUCCGGAUUCGGAAAUGAGCCUUUUAAGAACCUUAAAAGAAGACGGACCACCGGCAACUAUAUCGGUAACCUUUUAUCGAUCAGACUAUUAGCUAAGCAAAGCACGCUUGCGUACGGCACUUUAAGCGCUUUUAACGAUAAUAGAAACGAUUUCCUUAAGCUAAGGGCAGCAGACCUUCACUUAAGAGCGAAGGAAUUAGCUUUGUUCGCGCGAAGCUUUCUUAAAGAGCUAAACUUAAGAGACGAUAAGAGUCUUGCCGACAAGCUGUAUUCAGCUUGUAAAAACGUGCUAGAGACGACUAUUGCGCGGAUGAACCUUGCUUUUACUUUUAUCGCUGUAGUUACCGAUAUACGACGAGCAAUAGCAUUUGCAACUAAGACCUUCCGACCUUCCGCCAAAGCGAAUAGAGCUUACGCGAGCUCUAGCGAGCCACACGAUCACACUUGCUCUUACAACACCUUAAAGGCUAACUCCGAUUUAAACGAAGAAUACGAAUGCUUUAUUCAAGACCGCUAA